UGGCUCUCAUGAAGGAAAUGCGCGUUGCGUCUCCCCGCCGAGUAUAUAAACCCACGCAGGCCGCCUCACCCUUCUUUCCGUGCCCGCGAACGCGGCGGGGCUGAGCUGUCGCCAUGCCCGUGGCGCGGAGUUGGGUGUGUCGCAAGACCUACGUGACCCCGCGGCGCCCCUUCGAGAAGUCGCGGCUCGAUCAGGAGCUGAAGCUGAUCGGGGAGUACGGGCUGCGGAACAAGCGCGAGGUGUGGCGGGUGAAGUUCACCCUGGCCAAGAUCCGCAAGGCGGCGCGGGAGCUGCUGACGCUGGAUGAGAAGGACCCGCGGCGCCUCUUCGAGGGCAACGCGCUGCUGCGGCGCCUGGUGCGCAUCGGGGUGCUGGACGAGGGCAAGAUGAAGCUGGAUUACAUUUUGGGGCUGAAAAUCGAGGAUUUCCUGGAGCGCCGCCUGCAGACCCAGGUCUUCAAGCUGGGCCUGGCCAAGUCCAUCCACCACGCCCGCGUGCUCAUCCGCCAGCGCCACAUCCGGGUCCGGAAGCAGGUGGUGAACAUCCCUGAGCCUCAUCCCAAAAAAUCCCGGCUGUGCCCCGUCCAUCCCAAUUCCCUGCCAAAAAUGUGAUUUUUGUGCAGCAAAAAAGCCAAAUUUAAAGAUUCUGACUCCAAAUUUUGGGAAAAUUUCCCGAAUAUUUGGGAUUCUCUUUCUUGACAUUUCCCAGACCAUUUUCUCUCUUAAAUCUCAUUUUCCCCUCAUAAAUUUAAAAAAAAUAGUGAUUUUCAUGUGGAAAAAAGCGCUUUUCCCAAAUUUUGAGAUUCUGACUGCGAAUUUUGGGAAAAUUUCCCGAAUUUUUGGGAUUCUCUUUCCGGACAUUUUCCAGACCGUUUUCUCUCUUAAAUCUGAUUUUUUCCUGACAAAUUCUCAAAAAAAAUGCGAUUUUCGCUCUCUAAAGCGCUUUUUUGGCCGUAAAAUAGCCGAAUUUUAAAAUUCUGAAUCCCGAAUUUUGGGAAAAUUUCUCGAAUUUUUGGGAUUCUCUUUCCUGACAUUUCCCAGACCGUUUUCUCUCUUAAAUCUGAUUUUUUCCUGACAAAUUCUCAAAAAAAAUGCAAUUUUUGCUCUCCGAAAAUGCGAUUUUCGCGCAGAAAAAAGCGAUUUUCGCGCGGAAAAAACCGAAUUUUUGUCCGUAAAAAUCCCAAAUUUCGGAGUUUUGACCCGGGAUUUUUUUUGGGAAUCCGGGAACGGCAGGGUCCGGAAGCAGGUGGUGAACAUCCCUGAGCCUCAUCCCAAAAAAUCCCGGCUGUGCCCCGUCCAUCCCAAUUCCCUGCCAAAAAUGUGAUUUUUGUGCAGCAAAAAAGCCAAAUUUAAAGAUUCUGACUCCAAAUUUUGGGAAAAUUUCCCGAAUAUUUGGGAUUCUCUUUCUUGACAUUUCCCAGACCAUUUUCUCUCUUAAAUCUCAUUUUCCCCUCAUAAAUUUAAAAAAAAUAGUGAUUUUCAUGUGGAAAAAAGCGCUUUUCCCAAAUUUUGAGAUUCUGACUGCGAAUUUUGGGAAAAUUUCCCGAAUUUUUGGGAUUCUCUUUCCGGACAUUUUCCAGACCGUUUUCUCUCUUAAAUCUGAUUUUUUCCUGACAAAUUCUCAAAAAAAAUGCGAUUUUCGCUCUCUAAAGCGCUUUUUUGGCCGUAAAAUAGCCGAAUUUUAAAAUUCUGAAUCCCGAAUUUUGGGAAAAUUUCUCGAAUUUUUGGGAUUCUCUUUCCUGACAUUUCCCAGACCGUUUUCUCUCUUAAAUCUGAUUUUUUCCUGACAAAUUCUCAAAAAAAAUGCAAUUUUUGCUCUCCGAAAAUGCGAUUUUCGCGCAGAAAAAAGCGAUUUUCGCGCGGAAAAAACCGAAUUUUUGUCCGUAAAAAUCCCAAAUUUCGGAGUUUUGACCCGGGAUUUUUUUUGGGAAUCCGGGAACGGCAGGGUCCGGAAGCAGGUGGUGAACAUCCCUGAGCCUCAUCCCAAAAAAUCCCGGCUGUGCCCCGUCCAUCCCAAUUCCCUGCCAAAAAUGUGAUUUUUGUGCAGCAAAAAAGCCAAAUUUUGAGAUUUUGGCUCCCGAAUUUUGGGAAAAAAUUCCAUAUUUUUGGGAUUCUCUUUCCUGACAUUUUCUAGACCAUUUUCACUCUUAAAUCUCAUUUUCCCCUCAAAAAGUCUCGAAAAAAAUGCGAUUUUUGUCCAGAAAAAGCGGUUUUUUUGCCGUAAAAUCUACAAAUUUGGAGAUUCUGACUCCAAAUUUUGGGAAAAUUCCCAUUUUUUUGGGAUUCUCUUUCCUGACAUAUCCCAGACCAUUUUCUCUCUUAAAUCUCAUUUUUGCCUCACAAAUUUCUCAAAAAAAAAGCGAUUUUCAUGUGGAAAAAAGCGCUUUUCCCAAAUUUAAGGAUUCUGACUUCAGAAUUUUGGGAAAAAAUUCCAUAUUUUUGGGAUUCUCUUUCCUGACAUUUCCCAAACCAUUUUCUCUCUGAAAUCUCAUUUUCCCGCACAAAUUCUCAAAAAAAAAAGGGUUUUUUGCGCAGAAAAUUGCGAUUUUUGCGCGUAAAAAAUUACUUUUUUUGCCGUAAAACACCCAAAUUUCGGAGUUUUGACCCGGGGUUUUUUUUGGGAAUUCGGGAAUUGCAGGGUCCGGAAGCAGGUGGUGAACAUCCCGUCGUUCAUCGUGCGCCUGGACUCC